AUGAGUGUGUUGGGAGGAAAGGUGUUGCUAAAGAAAUGUAAGGGAAGUCACAUCUUUGAUGGAUAUUUACUGACUAAUUUGGUUAAUUUUCUAACCGAAUUUUCUGCAAGUUCUGUACGACUAUUCCGCUACAUGGGGUCAUUUGCCGUGUUUAAACUUUACAGUGGAUUACUUGAGACAGAAUCCCAGUUAUCUCGAAUAAGGGAAUCUUAUUUGCAGAAGGUAGACGGGAGAUUAACUGUACUUAAGGAUUGUCUUGAUGGAAUAUUCAAAAGUAUCUUCAUCAACAGAUGGAGAGACGUUGCAUCUGAAGUCCGGGCUUUAUGCAUUGAUGAGCUUGCGCAAUGGGUUUCACUUAUGCCAUACAAAUAUCUUGAUGAAAGUUUUAUGGAUUUUUUUAUUUGCGGAUUAGCCGAUAAAGCUUCGGCAGUUCGUUCGAGCAGUCUCUCGGCCUUAAUACUCUUCUUCGUUCAAAAUAUUGUGCCUUCCGGUGUUAGACGCUACAUUCUGAAAGAAAAACAAAGGUUUUUUGAGAGCUUGUAUGACAAGGACGUUAACGUUGCCACAUUAGCAUCUUGUUUAAUGGUAGAAAUUGCACGGGGAGGCUUUGAAACUUUUGAAACAUCUGAAGGCGAAAAGUUCGAGGAUUUUGUUUUCAGCAAUAACUGGGAGCUUGCAGUAAGUGCCGGGAAGUAUUUGAUCAUGAAACUUACAAACGGUGUGGAUAUUAAAAAAUUCAACGGGUUCGAAGAAGAUUUUGCUGAUGAUUAUUUGAGAGGAUUGAUAGUUGGCAUCACAAAAUUUUAUCAAAGUUCUAAGUAUCACGACAGGGCCGGCUUUUUGGUUGAUGCUAUUACUGGUUCCCACAAAGUGCUGCGAAAACUUGACUUAAUGGCUGAAAUACUACUUGGAUCUGAAGCAGAGGGAUAUGAAGAUGCCCUAAUUGAGAUAAUGAGCUUUAGUGCUAAACAGUGUUAUGCGGGGGUGAAAAUAGUGCGCUCCGAAAGUCGGGUUACCUGUGUGAAGCAAAUCUCAGCAGCAGCGCCUGAUAAAGAAUGCAGCUGUAAUUUAGCUACACUAUUUUCUUAUUUGUCGAGGUUGCUAUGCCGGUACAGCAACAAUGACAAAAAUUUGGUAAAAUUAUUGUCUGUUCUUCUAUGUUUCAAAGACGAUGGACAAAUUAGUAAAGAAGUUAAUGACGAGGUACUUUCCGAUUUAUUUGCCUCGCUCAAAGAAAUUAUAUUGGGUUACUGUCAAAUCGAUGUUAUGGAAGCUGUGGCAGGCGUAUUCUUUCGCUAUAAGCGACUGCCCAGUGUAAGUGCGGAAAUGAAGACAAUAUGUGGAAAAAUAAUGUCUGAAGUUGAACAGCAUUUAUUUUCUAUGGCCAACGAAAUUAGCUGCAGAGAUGGCGAUGAAGUUUUACUUUCUUUGUUGGAGAAAUGUGUGGUAUUAGGAAGUCUUGUGGAUAUACGAAUCUAUGGUCUCUGGUUUUCUUCAAAGAAGUGUACAGAAAAUUUUGUCAAAAGUUUACCAGAUAGAAUGUAUAUCAAAAUACUGGAAAUGCAGUUUGCAAUCCUCUGUUGGGAACUGAAAAGUUUAUUUUACCACAGUAUCGGACGAGGUGAGAAAAACAAGGCUUGGAAAGUAAUAGAGGAACAUGGGGACAAUUUUUUACGGUCGGUUCAUGAUCUUUCUUCUAGAAGACCACAGUGCAUUUGUAAAUUUUUUAAUCAAGAGACAAUGUGGAGCAAUUUGGUCGCACUUCGCCGGCUAACCAUGAAAUUGGAGGAGGAGGAGGGCGCUUUUAGAGAAAUUCAAGUUCCGCCGCUUCCCUUCCCGAGCUUUUUAGCUCCAAAUUUCUUUUUACAGAACCCACAUGAAGCUCUGCCGCUGUUGAUUGACUGGUUUACACUUUACCGUGAGUACCGUUCAGAAACAGUAGGAAGUAGUUGUGAGAAACUAAAGAAUUCUGUAUGUGGACUUUUUCAUGGCUUGUUUGAUGCGGACAUUGGAUCUUUCGACAUGUUGGAAGUAAUUGCUAGUUUUGGUAAUUUGUUUCUAAACGGAUAUUUGAGCACAGUCGAUUUUUGGGUUCUACUAGAUGUUUAUAGGAAGGUUGGUAAGAAAGCAAAAGAAUUUCUUCAUUCUCUCAUGUUAAAACUUUCAAAAAGUGACCACUUUGGAAUCGCCAAGGCUAUGAGUCAAGUAUUAAUUUACAGUUUUCUCAAGUUUCCAGUUGCAGAGGACGAAUAUAUUUCUCAAGUCGCAGAAGGGUUUAUACAAUUUUUGAAGAGGGAGGUUCACAGAAGGACAAUGCCUGAGAUGGUUAAUCUUAUCAUAUGCUACGGUAUAAUGGCUUACAAGUACCGCAUUUUUGGCUGGUUUAAACAAGUUAUUGCUUCAUGUAAAACUAUCACUUUUUAUCUUAUUGCUUAUCUGUGUAAUGGUCGUUGUGUAAUAAAAAUUUCAAUGAUCGCUCGUGCUGCAAUUCGUGCUCUUAUUGUGCGGUUUUGGGAAAUCUCGUUCUCCUCUGCCAUUAUCGUCGUAUAA